AAGUGCAGUCGGGUCCUUCUUUUUCAUGGCUCACAAAGAUAGGCUGAGAUGAUUGAGGAAAGGGUAGAGGAUAAAAUUUUUCUGACUAGUGUGUACAACUAUAGACUCAGAGGGUUUUUAUUUGAUAUUGUGACCAUAGUGAUCCACUACGAUACUGGUUAGUACUUGACCAAGCAGGUUGAGAUUGGCUGUAGUAGUAAAAUAGAACGCACACUGCUUCGUACUCGAGACAGCUCGUCUGUAACGAACAAGAUGGAAACAGAGGAGGACAGCGCGAUUGAUUUGAUCAAUGCAAUCCAAUGCGACCUGGGCGAAUUAUAUCCGCGACAGCAUCCGGUUUGAUUGAAGGCUGGCCCAUACGACGUUUGCCAUUCAUGAUAUUGAAAUGAUAUUAACAUUGCCUGCAACGUCUUAUACAUUUUCCAGAAAAAGAAAUGACAGACUGAUGAAAGCACGUGAAAAAUUUCAAUGUCAUGGUGCAUUGUGGAGAAACUGAAAGGGAUGGAGAAAUAAGUAAAAAUCUCUGCGUCCUGGGAUCAGGAUCUAUUUAUGGACAGGGAUAUACUUGUUGCGGUUAAACGAAGACGAGAAACGCGUAUAAAACGCUAUACACGACUGAGGAGGCGGAAGCCACUCAACGAGUCCGUGAUCAAGAGUACGGCGAUCUCGUCGCUCCACCUCUGGUCUCUUUGCAACAGCUCUACAUUCAUUUUUCUGGAACAAGAACUGUUCCGGAUGAUCAUAUUCUUUCAGUCCCAUCAGCAGGAGGGCCAGAGCUAGCAGAGGAAAGCGAAAGGGAAAGCAUGAUUUACUGUGCAUGACAGACAAAGACAAACGUCUUGUGACGGGCUGGCUUCUUCAAAACUGCUUUCGUAUGAUACCAAUACCCCGUGCAGCGCAGCCAAUGACUUGCUGCUCUCGCCAUUUGGAGCUGAGGACCUGUUGGAGGGCUUAUUCAACAGCAAACAAAAAAAGUUCGUCUUGUGUGUAUCAAUGCGCGAACUUUGCAUCGGUACUUUCGUAUCGCAAUGAGUUUCGGAAUCUGACUGUCAUGCUGAAGGAAGGCACACGCACAUCAGCCUUGGGAAGAAAAAAGGCGAGACCUGCUCUCCAAGAAUCAUCGAAUGACGUAAGACAACUUGUUUGAGGCGGCACUUCCCACCCUGCUUCAGAUGUAGCUGCACAUAGUGAUCUAUACGCGCAGCGUGAGCAAGUGUAGAAGUUGGAACAGCUUCACAACUACAUGUACAUCAGAAUGCAUGUUGACAACAUGCACAUGCUCACGACGAACUGUUUUGCAUUCGGAUAUCAAAACAAGGAAAACCGUAGCGACGCGGUCACCAUAGGAGCACCUUCCGGUUUUAUCCAAAAAAAAAAUAUUAUGUGUUACUGCAACUUUUUUGGUGCAUUUUAGCACGACAGUAAAAUCUUCAUGUUUUCAUGCGCAGAUAGUUUUUCGUGAAGGUGAAAAUGCUAGACUGCAUGGCCUCCAGCAUAACAGACGGAAUCAAACCCUUCUGUUCUUGUGUGUUUCGCAACACAUUAUGCUUACAUGACCAGUAGCACAUUUUUUUUCUCCCAUAGGUUCGUCGUUGUCGCUGCUCAACAGCAGCUCUUGCGCAAAUGUCACCUCCAGCAAGGGCUUUUUGGCCACCUCCAAGGGCGGUCCGACAACGUGUACAACGUCUAGUACAACAUCCGGGACAACUGCGGCGAUGUACGCACGCCCGUCCUCCAAAGCCGCGGGGAAAAUGCUCGUCGCACAGCAACAGGACCUCCACUCCUCGGCGGGGAAGCUCCUGCUGCAAGGUGGUGGUCCUCCGCAAGGAGCAGGAGGUUUUACUUCGCUCAUACCGGCUUGCUCGAAAUCGAAAGCUGCGCCCUUUCCUGCGACGACAGCGAAGUCUUGCUAUCCAGUCGUGCAACUACAGGAUUUUUACUAUCAUUUCGGUGCAGUUUGUUCGGGCGGUCAGGAAGAAGCGGAAGAUAAACAUAAAGAUUACCUUAGUCAGUCUUUGCAUGGUCGUGUGCUGGAAGAUAGCGUAUUUUGAAGCCUUGUGCGUCCGCCAGGAUCAGGAACGCCACCUCCCCAUAAUCACAGGACAUGCAGAUUCUUGAUUUUUUACGGCAUAGACCUCCAGCCUUUGGCACGACGCACUGCACGGGAGCGGCCGGGCAACUUUUAGGCAACCUCAGAAGUGCAAUUUUAGAUUUAGACUUCGGGAGGUGCCAAUGUUACGUACCGCAUUGCUGGAGGGAGUUGGUUGUCAAAACCAAAGCCCGACGAGACUAGCAGAUGUGCGAGAACUACGACGACCGCAGGAACAACGAAAUAAACCGACAUGAUUGCACCUGUAUUUUUUGCACACUGUGAUACGCUUGCGGGUGGUGGAGCCGCGUCCGCUGCACUGGGUGGCGGCUCAUCGAUUUCUGGUGCUUGUUCUUUCGCGAACGCCAACAGUGCUGCGCAGUCUAAGGCGGCCUCACUGGCGCUCGGGAUGAAGGGAGCCGACAUCACGACAGCUGGCGCAGGCAGUGGCGCACCUCCCGCUCUGUUGCCGUUGCCACCAGCUGUAGGGGCGGGUGGAACAAAUAAAAAUAAUGCAGCAAACGGCCUGGUGUCAUCUACAUCCACUUCGAUUUCGCGAACAGCCGGACCAUCAUCUACGUAUGGCGUUCUGAAGAAGCCGACGGCUUUUCUACCUUCAACGGCGGACCUGGUGGUGCGGGACACGACCGCAUCGUCGCAGAUGGUCGGCGGUCCGAAUGGAGGCGCAGGGAUGAUUAGGCCGAAGGCAUCUUCCGCUGCCGCGGGUGCAGCCAAUACAGCGCCAGGUGCUCCUGUGGUCGGGCGAAAUCUUGCUGCGGGCACAACAGGUUAUACCCUCUUGCAAAACGCGCCUGGUGCUCCAGCAGUUGGCGCCGGUUCUGCCACAGGUAGUGGCCCACUUUCCGCACCACAUGGUGCUGCAGUGGGAGGUAUUGUAGAUGGGGGAGUACAACUUGGAGGAGGGCUGUCAUCGAAUUCCGUUGGUGGUGCGACUAGGACUGGUAAUAACAUCAUGUCUGCGGCUACAUCAAGUUUCGGGGGUCCGCUUUCCAGUAGCAGCAUCGCGAGUGCGGCCGCAGCGGCGGGUCUGGUGGUGAAAAACACGACAUCGACGGCACAACAGUUGGCGCAGCAAGCAGGAGCAGCGAGUGCGGUAGUUCAUCCCGGCGGUAGCAAGACCAUUUUGAAUCCUAGCGCCGGGGGCGCGUUCGUCCAUCCGGGCGGCAGCUCAGGCGCACCAGCGGGGGCGGGCCCGGCUAGUAGUGGGCCGACUAGUUGUACAGGAGCUGCAAUUUCCUCCACCGCGACAACGACAGCUACAACUUCUAACCCGCAGCCUCCUUUGCUGGUAAAGUCCAAGACGAAGAUGCGCAUCCCCACCAAACAAAGCCAGCCAGCCGCUAUGAGUGCCGGCGCUUCUUCAUCUCUGGCCGUAGCAGGAGCCGGACAUGAUGGCGCUUGCAAUACAUCAUCAAGUAGCAUGCAAUUGCGAGGUGGUGGAACACAGUCGGCCAUAGUUGGCGGGGCUGCACCGACGACUACACUUCCUGUGGACGAUUCGCCUUCAGAAGGCCCGCCAGCUGGCAGUUUCCAGCCAAAGCGCGUGACCAUUAUGAGCCGGAAAAAACCUGCUCUGCAGCAGCCGAUCGGAGGCGGAGGUACAGGAAAUAUUGCGGGGAUCCCGAAUAAAAGCCAUUUAGCACCAAGUACCGGGACGACGAUGUUGAAUAGCAGCACUUCGCAGCCACAGGUGAUCAAGCUGCCACCAACAAUCCUCGGCUUGGAAGACGAAAUUCCUGCGGCCGCGAGAUCGACGUUCCUUGAAGGCGGGGCUGCGGCACUGCAGAUGCGUAUGGCACAGAAAAACACAAACGAGUUCUUGUCUUUGCUACAAUUCGUCAUGCUCAUCCUCAUGUGUGUGUAAGAAGAAAUUUGAUGAAGGAUGGCUUGCAAAUACUUAUUGUCGUGCGGAUGUGUAUUUUUGCUCAUGCGAACCGCUCCUCGUCGGCAUUUACUUCCGGGGGAUUGAUAUCGGAGUUUCAUCUCCUGUAGUGUCUGCAAAAGAUCAAUCCGUAAUCAUCACAUUCACACGUAAAGCCGAGCACUUUGACUGUCUGACUGUGACGAUGCGAGUUAUGAUUCUGAAACGAAUGCAGACUACGAUUGUAGUGACAGGGACAGAUGAGCACACAGCACUCAAGCUGCAGACUACCUGGAAUUCCCUUCCGGCUGAUGGUACUACUGCCAGCGGAACUGUGUUUGGCACUUGCAUACGCGAAGCGGCGGCUGCUGCAACCGGAGCGAAUGCGUCCAACCCAGGUGUAGAGGAGGCUAUGACCAGCAAGAAACCAGACCAGUAGUAAACUCAACACGUCGAUAGUUCAGGAUUUGGUUCUAGAGGAGAUUUUAUUAUUUUCAAGUUGUACUGGCAGGGUGCAUGCGGGCAAGCGAUCCAAUCGCAGUCAGAAGCAUGAGCGUGAAUUUAUUCACGUGUUGCCAGUUCAUGAAGCAACAAGCAGCCUGCCAGAAUUCGCUUCGUUCUUGUUUAUGGUGCUACUGUGUGCGAGAAACGCUGCUCCAAAAAAGGAGCUACGGUCGUUGCGUAGACUUCUGGAGGUAUAACUUGGUGUGUGAGGACAUGAGAAUGGGCGCCCUUGGAUGAAGCUAUACAAAAAACUGCACGCAUCCUGUACAUACGACAACGACGUGUUGUGAUUACUUACUAGCGGUUUUGCUAGGAUGCCCACCGAUGAUAUCCAAGGAAAAAGCUGCGCACUAGGGUUGUUACUGUGACUUCAUUCUUGGAAAACUGACAGCAUGACCAAUACAAAUACUUGGUUUUUUCUAUGUAUGUUGAAACGCACCAAAGUUGGUUUUGUAGUGGACAAAUUCCCAGUCUAACGAGCUAUCUUCACGCUCAUGGUUGUCCUCUCGCAAGACGAGUGUAAACUGUUCUGCGCGGCGUGCAGCAGGAAUAGCGAACAAAUCUUCACAUGAUUGAAGUUAAACACAAACUUUUUUCUCCCGGAUAGACGACCUAGACGACGAGUUCGAUGACGACGAUGAUUUGGACGAUUUCGGUAUCAUAUUGUUCUAGUGCCUUUGCAACUUCUAACUUCUUGCCUUGUGCUGCGCCAUCUUUGUAUGUACUUACCAUUAGCGACAGCAGGAAUGAAUGCGUAUGUGAAUGAGAACGAAAAUGGAAAAUAGAAAUCAAAGAAAUUCCUCAAAUUCCAUCACAUCACGACCCAGAUUCCUACAUUCCCCCUGGUGUGUUGGAGAUGCAGCAAGCGGGUAUUUCGACUGCGGUCUCACACGGUUCGUCUUCCGCAGCCUCCGCGUGUUCGGAGCUUCUGCAGACCG